AUGGCUCCCGGUUUCCUGCAACUCAGUGAUGAGCUCGUUCUCUCGAUAUUUGAGCAAGUGUCCCAUAUCUCACCACGAUCCUUAUUGGACCUCUGCCUUGUAUCGAAGAGAUGCUCCAUGAUCUCAAGUUCGUUAUUGUACCGGUCGCUUUCGAUCUCCUCGCGCAAUCUACAGCAGUUGCACCACACUUGUUUUACAGCCAGCGACUACACAUUUCGGACGAACAUGCUUGCUUAUUCCCGUCAUCUCACUGUGAGCAGCGAGCUCAAUUGGACUGUACUUGCUAAGCUGAUCUCGAGGAUGACACAUUUGGAAUCUAUACGGUGGCUACACUGGGAGGAACGUUUCCCCAGCGUAAUCAAGGGACGUCUUCGUCAAUUGUGGCCGGAUGCCAAGCUUUACCUCGAGGGCCUUUCAGUUGGGUUGCAAACCCAUGUGGAUGAAGUGCAAAUCAUCGACUUGAACCUGUUAAAAAGUCUUGUUGAUUUUCAUAACAUACACUCCAUUCAAGUAGUGAUCGAGUACGAACACCCCGUAGCCAUGAGAUGGCUGAAAAAUGUGCUUCUCGGCAGUCCCAAUCUGAGAAUAUUGCACCUCACUCUACCUAGGACGCGCGAUGGAAAGGUCGAUUGGCUCGCGGACGGCCAUGGAACCUAUGAUCUAUGUGUCCAGCCUGGCGAGCGCCUCAGCCCGCUAACGGAACUUGUCUUCGAAACUCGCAAGCCUCUUGAAGACGAUCGAUCGAUCAUUCCAUCCUCGUUCUUCGACUUCACUCAGAUGCACCGACUGGAACUCAGAGGUUUCAAUAUGGAUAGAUUCCUCCUCCCCCUAGCGUCUCAAUUACUACGUCUCCAGAGUUUAACUAUCCUGUACUUUAACAAGCCACUCGAGGAGCGGGGAAACGUCUUGGAAAAUUUUGUUUCCAGCAUUCGAGGCGUGCGAACUCUCCGAAUUAUCAUCUCAGUCCGUCUCCCACCAAUAUCGACCUUCUUUGUCUUUGCUGGAACACUGAAUACAUUGGAGCUACGGUUUACUAGGCAGGCUUACGACUCGUAUACGUUUUCGAGGGGAGUAGAGCGGACCUCCUACACACCUGACGACUUGGACGCCUUGCGAGAAGCUUGUCCUCAAAUCUCUUCACUAAUUUUAGAUAUGGUUAUGGUCAACACACUCCCUUACGAGUUCCUAGACGCAUUAACACAGUUUCCACAGCUCUCGAGCCUUCGCCUUUACUUCCAUUUCGACGAGCAAACUGCCGUCGGGCAACAGACUGCCAAGCCACCCCACAUUUCAGCAGAUCGGUUGACAGCCCUCCACCUGUUCUCUUAUCUUCGAGGCCGCAAGGUCGGCGUUGCCCUUGAGACCCUGGAACUCAUGAUGAGCGACCGCUCUUUAAGAUCUAGGCGAGUGAACUUCUGGCAGCUCUCGGAUCAUGACCGCCCGAGUAUGCUAUUCACUUGCCGAGAAGACCCUCAUGGCAAUGCGAUAUGUGAGCACGAUUCUUAUGAUGAAGAAGACGUUUCGUGGUGGUCAUACUUUGAUCCGGACAAACCCAAGACGAUUCGAGGCCAGACAUAUCCGGAUAAUCUGCUGGACAUCAUUGAGGCCAGGAAAGAGGCGAGCAAGCCAUGA